GAAGAAGAAUACGACUUAGUAUCUUUGAACAAGAGAUUGUGCAGAAGAAAGACUAAGCCUUUUGGUCUUUAUUCUCUCUUUUCUGUUUUUUUUUUUUUUUUUUUGUGUUCUUGAGGACAUGAGAAUGGAGUUUCCUGGCCGCUCCAGUCAGCAUUUAGGUAGGGAUAGGUUCAAUGGGGAAACCGGUUGUGGUAAUAACACGCGUGAAGACAAUAUCUGUGUUCAGACAGGAGAGGAAUUUUCAAAUGAAUUCUUGAGGGAUUUUGGUGCUCAACGAAGAGCACAGGUUGUUAAUAGAAAUGUUGAGGCUAAUCCUAAUAAUCGACAUCUUGUUUAUGAGGAUUUCAACAGAAUUCUUGGGCUUCAAAGAGUUGAUUCCAACAUCUCAGAAGGUUUUAAUCCCUCGAAUGGAGGAGGAUACUUAGCUGAAGCAAAUAUUGCAGACUCACCUCGGAUGGCUGCAACAUCAGAUGUUUAUUUGCCGGAAGUAUUGAAGCUUCUUUGUAGUUUCGGGGGAAGGAUCUUACAGCGACCUGGUGAUGGGAAGCUUAGGUACAUUGGAGGGGAGACUCGGAUUAUCUCAAUACGAAAACAUGUUCGGUUAAACGAACUGAUGCAAAAGACUUAUGCUUUGUGCAACCAUCCGCACACAAUCAAGUAUCAGUUACCAGGAGAAGAUCUUGAUGCACUAAUAUCUGUUUGCUCAGAUGAGGAUCUUCUUCAUAUGAUUGAGGAGUAUCAAGAAGCUGAAACAAAGGCUGGAUCUCAGAGGAUAAGGGUCUUUCUUGUAUCUUCAACAGAGUCAUCAGAGAGUCCUAAAAUUUUCAAUGAAAGGAAUAUGAACAUAAACCGAAACACAAACACACACCAGCAGACGGAUAUCGAUCAUUAUCAUUAUGUUUCAGCUCUUAAUGGUGUUGUGGAUGUGAGUCCUCACAAGAGUUCCAGCGGGCAAAGCGGGACAAGUCAGACAACACAGUUUGGGAAUGCUUCAGAGUUCAGCCCUACAUUUCAUUUUCGAGACUCGCCUACUUCUGUUCAUACAUGGGAAAACAAAGACUGCAACAGUCCAACCUUCAUGAAUCCAUAUGUGAACGCUAAUGCUGUUCAUUUUAUGCCCAAAAUGCAGAUGACGACUAACUCAUUUGGUCAACAGUCUCCUCCAUCAUCUCCUUUUUCAGUUCACAAGAGAGCAAAUACCGACAUUCCCUACUUGGUUGAUCAAAAUGGUUUCUUUGACAACAACAAUCGCCCUUACUUGGUUACUCCAAACUUCUCACCGCAAGAUAGGUUCCUGUUUGAGACUAAUACACAAAUGCAGAAGCAUCCAGAGAUGAAUCUUCAUGACCGGAGGCCAAGUGGAGAUAUUUACCGCCAUGGUCAAGCUUAUAACGGGCCAGAGAAAGUGACGCUUAAGAAAAACGCUCUUUCUGAUCCACAGCUGCAUGAUGAGAGCCAAAUCAACAAUGGGUUAGAAGCAUUCACCAGACAACCAUGGAAAAUAUUGAGAAAUAAGUUGCAUGUUGUGGCUAUGUCAAAGUGGGAAGAUACUGACGAUAUCUAUUUCAAGAAUCCAGAAGGCAGGAGGAGUAAGGAGCUUGAGCUCAACACAGAAGUUGGUAAUAAGUGGAUGGAUGGUGAUCAUAGUCCCGGUUCUUUUGAUCAGGCAUCAAAGAAACAUGAUGUUAGUAACAAUACUAGUUAUUACAGUCCUAAUUAUCAACCGGUUGCUCAGGUUACUUCAACUGAUUCACAAGAUUCAGGAAGCUCAGUGUUCUCUUUAUCAGUCAAUACUAACGAAAAUCAUCUUGAUGGGUCGAGGGAAAAAUUGAAUGGUUUCCAGCAAGACAUGUCACUAGAUAUUCUCAUCAGAAGCCAUACUUCAGCUAAAGGUCAACUGUGUAAUACAACCAAGUCAAGCGAUCAAGAAGAUUACUCCUCACCCAACCAAAAUUUCCCAGUGGACUUUAUGAGACAGGAGCCUAUGAUUCCGAGAUGUGAUCUGGAGACAAAUAAUGAUGAUACAGAAAUUCAGAAGCCUCUUCCUAAAGAAGAGAGUUUUCACUAUUGCGGAUUGCCACUUAGGAAGGUGGGAAGUAGAGAUGCUGCUUUUAUGCACACACAGGAAUCGGAUGAUUUCUUUAGAAACAAUCUGCUUGCUCCACAGUUGAUAGUUGAGGAUGUGACGAACGAAGUAACCUUAGAUGCUCUCUUAUCAGCUACUAUUGUCCCUCAUGUACAUAAUGAGUCAGAUGAUGAUCACAAAUCUUACACAAGGGAGGACAAGAUUACAAAAGCUGGUCCUGAAUCAGCAAUGGAGGAAAAGUACAAGAAGAGCAGAAACACCGAUGAAUCAUUCAGCGAAGCUGCGAUGGUUGAGAUUGAAGCUGGAAUCUAUGGCUUACAGAUAAUUAAGAACACGGAUCUUGAAGACUUGCACGAGCUAGGAUCAGGUACAUUUGGAACGGUUUACUAUGGGAAGUGGAGAGGAACUGAUGUUGCUAUCAAGAGGAUAAAGAAUAGCUGUUUCUCUGGUGGAUCAUCAGAGCAAGCAAGACAGACUAAAGAUUUCUGGAGAGAAGCUCGGAUAUUGGCGAACCUUCACCAUCCAAAUGUGGUGGCCUUUUAUGGAGUUGUACCAGAUGGACCUGGUGGAACAAUGGCAACAGUUACUGAGUAUAUGGUGAACGGAUCUUUGAGACAUGUAUUGCAGAGGAAAGACAGAUCGCUUGACAGGCGCAAGAAGCUGAUGAUAACUCUAGAUGCUGCAUUUGGGAUGGAGUAUUUACAUAUGAAGAAUAUAGUUCAUUUUGAUCUUAAAUGCGAUAACUUGCUUGUAAACUUGAGGGAUCCACAACGACCCAUUUGCAAGGUUGGUGAUUUUGGAUUGUCGAGAAUAAAACGAAACACGCUUGUGUCUGGUGGGGUAAGAGGAACCCUUCCAUGGAUGGCACCAGAGCUGCUAAAUGGGAGCAGCAACCGCGUCUCAGAGAAAGUGGAUGUUUUCUCAUUUGGUAUCACGAUGUGGGAGAUUUUGACAGGCGAAGAACCCUAUGCAAAUCUGCAUUGCGGUGCCAUCAUUGGUGGAAUUGUGAACAAUACGUUGAGACCUCCGAUACCGGAACGGUGUGAAGCAGAGUGGAGAAAGUUGAUGGAGCAAUGCUGGUCGUUCCAUCCCGGAGUACGACCAUCGUUUACGGAGAUUGCUGAUCGGCUUCGGUCAAUGACUGUUGCCUUGCAACCCAAGCGACGAACCUGAAAGCUACUCUCUCCAAUGAACUUGAAAGUCUUGAUUUUUUUUUUUUUUGGCGGUUGAGUUUUAAAAUUAUAAAAAAGAAAAGAGAACAAUAUAGAUUUAUGACGGUGCGGAGUUUGUAAAAUUAGUAUUGAGGUAUUUACCGGUCAGGUAAAGUUGUAUACAAGAAAAGUUAAAAGUCUAUUGUGUAAAUUA